AUGCACAGCAUCCAAAUAUCAGCAGACAGCUCGAACAUUGGCGGGGCUCCCAACUCUGGUAGGAUCAUCGCCUCGUUGGAGUCCAUGAGGGCGUCCUCCCCGACGCACCUCAAAGCCCCGACUGGGCUCUUGACUGACGACGACGAUCGUCUCUCCUGGAUGGUGAGUCGCCAAAUUUCUCUCUUUCUCGCUCUCUCUCCCUCUGCUUCUGUCUCUGUACGGCCUCCCCUUGGGCCUCUGCUUCCUGGGAAUUGCUGACGUCGGUCCGCCAUUCGCAGCGCGACCAUCCCUCGGCGCUGAACAUGUUCGAGGAGAUUGUGGGCAUGUCAAAGGGCAAGCAGAUAGCCAUGUUCCUCGACUACGACGGGACUCUCUCCCCCAUCGUCGACGACCCCGAGGUCGCAUUCAUGUCUGAAGCGGUUCGUCUCCAGUACCCUCCUCUUCCUCCUCCUGCCCUUCUCCUCCUCUGUUCCCCAUUCACGUACUUCCAACAGAAGUUUUCUGUAGGCUGAUUCGUUUCUUGCCUCAGAUGAGGGAGGCCGUCCGGGACGUGGCCCAGUACUUCCCCACGGCCAUUGUCAGCGGCAGAUGCAAGGACAAGGUUAAUAUCUCAUCCGACACCAUAACUUGUUCUGUUUCUGUCUUCUUUCCUUUUCGACGAUGGCUAGCGAUAGGUUUUCAACCUUUGCUGCUCUAAAAGAUCUCUCAUGGCAUCGGUGCAGGUGUUUGGCUUUGUGCAACUUGCGGAGCUUUACUACGCGGGGAGCCAUGGCAUGGAUAUCCAAGGUCCUGAGGUGUCCAUCGGCACUAAAUGCACCAGGGUAUGCUUUCCGACCCAGAAGAGUGGAUCCAGAUAUCCAUUUAUAUAAAUAUAUAUCUGUUUCGUUCUACGGAUUGUUCCUGGUUUAACGUGACGUGGAUUUGCUGCAGGGAAGCAAAUCAGUUCUUUUCCAGCCAGCCAGCGAGUUCCUCCUUAUGAUCGAUGAGGUGAGCUCAGCUUCUUCCCUCCCCCGCCUUGUCUUACCAGGUCCUUUCUAACGGGUCUCUGUUUUUCUUCUCUGGUUACUCACCUCUGAAGGUGUACAAGGCUCUGGUGGAGAAGACCAAAGCCAUACCCGGCGCGAAGGUUGAGAACAACAGGUUUUGUGUAUCCGUACACUUCCGCUGCGUGGAUGAGAAGGUGAGAGACAGAACCCUCAGUUAGGGCUCUGUUCUUGAGUUCUAUGUCGCUUAGUAGAGCUUGCCCUUGCCAUAACUGGGAAGGCCAGAGAUUGCUCUCCUCACCUUCUGUGUUUGCUUGGCUCAGAGAUGGGUCGGACUGGCGGAGCAGGUCGGGUCCGUCCUGAAGGGGUAUCCCAAGCUGCGGGUCACCCAAGGCCGCAAGGUACUUGGCGGGCUUCUUCGUUCCUCCGUUCCCUUCCUUCUCUCAGUGAUUUAUGUAAACAAGAUGUGCGCAUCAAAGUGACUGAGCUUCCCACUGCAGGUUCUGGAGAUCCGAUCAUCCAUUAAAUGGGACAAGGGGAAGGCCCUCGAGUUCCUCCUCGAUUCUCUCGGUAAGCUUCACAUUUGCAAACCCCAGGGACGACGACUCAACCUGAAGUCAAAUGUCAGAUUUGACGAAUUUCUCCUUCCACUUCUCAUCACAGGUUUCGCCGACAGCGAGGAUGUGCUGCCAGUGUAUAUUGGGGACGACAGGACCGACGAAGACGCUUUCAAGGUACCAUGGCUCCGGCUCCGCCAUCUUUCUUUCUUUGUACCCCCUUGGUUUCUCCUCAAAUAUCAGCAGGUAGUUGAGGCCGCAAAGGUCCUCCACCGCCACCGCCGCCGCCUCCGUGGGCGACAACGCAAACCGUUAACUAUUGGUAUCCUGAUGUGAUCGCUCCUCCACCAGGUCCUACGAGAGAGAGGACAGGGGUUCGAUCCCCAAGGAUACCAGCGCAUCUUAUUCCCUGCGGGAGCCCCUGGAGGCAAGCUCUCUCUCUCUCUCUCUCUCUCUCCCAGCGGCCUUCCUUUUCUGUUGGGGUUGGGGGAAGGCUUGGUCUAGGGGAUCACCAGUUGGGUUUGUCGGUGGAUCGUGGGCCGAGACCCGCUUUCUGUCUCUAGGUUAUUUAAUGACUUAUGGGCCAUGCAGGUCAUGGAGUUCCUUAAGCGGCUGGUGGACUGGAAACGCGUCUCGACGAACCCUCCACCCAGCGAUUCACAGAAGUUAUCAGGACUCCUUGUUCGUCCCUCUAAUCGUGUGUUCGCCCCCACGGGUUUUUGCACGUGUGAGAUGCGCGACCGCCGCCUCCUCCCAACAUGCGUGAGUUAA